AUGGAUUUUCGACCUUGGAACCCUGCGCCCGACGAUCCACAGCCCACCACCCUCACCAUGGCUUCCUUCCCCCGCAAUCGACAUCGAGGUCUCUCGGUAGGAGCUGGACGGAACCUUGAACGUCGGUCUGAGAGUUGUCUCAGCUCCCUCGGGAACAAAGAUACCGCGUGUUCAGGGUUCAAGCCAGUGCUUCAAAGAAGCGCUUACCUGGACGGUCCACUUUCCAAAGGUCGAGAUCUCGAGUUCAAACGCCAACCUCUUUGGUUUUCUGGAUUGCCGCGAACACACCCGACCCCGUGGUCAACCCCCGCCCAGAUAUGCGCUCCCAUAAUGGUGGGUCGUCACGACCCAACACCACACCUACCUCUCUCAAGCACAGAGAGCACUCAAUCCUGGGCAUCCCGGACUCCGGUUCAACGCACCACCCACGACUUCUGCUAUGUCAAGAUGAAACCACGGCAUGAGGUUCCGAUUCGGCAGACUCGUCAAGAAUAUCAUUUUUGGGGUCUCGGAGGAGACAAUUCUUCCCUUCGACCACUGGUUGAAGAUCCAUUUGGCGGUUCUCCACAUCAGCGUUUGGAUGGAGGCAACGAGUUGGACACGGCGACCUCAACAGGAUCAGUCCUAUUUUGCUCGCCGCCACCAAUCAACAACGCUCAUCAAUCGCAACUGCAACCAACCGAAACCAAACAAUUUCAACCCUACCAAAUAGCAUCUCCAGCUCACGGCACAUCAACCGUGAGUUGGGUCUUCACGAUGUCUACCAACGCUUAUUCCCCCCAACCCCACUCCCCCUGCGUCUCAUCUGAGGAACAGGGGGAGUGGGUGUGGGUUCCGAAGACGGCCAUGCCUUCUCCUCAGGCUGGUCAGCUCGACUAUCAAUUCACCACCACACCACUCUUCACACCCGCCUUCGGCGACUCCUCCGUUUCACCCAGCACACUCUCCGCCGACCCGUGGGACUCGUUGAUGAUGACAGGUCAAGUGGAUAACACAUUGUUUACUUCGCCCUCGUCCUCCAUGAUUAACGAGUUUGGUACCCCUUUCACAGGCAGCCCUGCUGACGCCCUUCUCGAAGACUUUGGCCAUGUAGGCCGGUCGGAUCUCUUUCCCGAAGUUGUUCUGCCCCUUCAGGACUUCCUUACGGACGAUCUCCUCACCCCUUUUAUGGACGCUACGCUCUUCCCUGCUGUCGAUAUGAACUUGAACCUGAACACCUUCGUGCCUGAUGUUACAACGCCUUUUUCUCACUUCGGCGUCGCCCUCAGCCCCACGUCGUCUGUUCACGAGAGCUCUCCGACAUUCAGCUACAGCCCUCCCAUUUUCGACUCACCCUUUCUGGCUACCACUGGGGCUUCUUCCGAUAUCACCUCCCCCUCUACUCCUCACAUCCACUCGUGCUCCGAGUCCAACUGCUCCAAGACCUUUGGCAAAGUGUCUGAUCUCAAGAGACACGAACGUAAACACCGCCAGCCAUUCCGAUGCGAGCUCUGUGGCAAGGGACACCUUGACAAGCGCGCGCUUGGUCGGCACUUGUGGGCGAAACACCCCGAGUACGCUCAGCAACACAACACCAGGUCAGAGCGGAUAAGGUGCACCGAGUGCGACUACGAGGGGAGGGCAGAUAAUGUCGCCCGACACUCGAAGCGACAUGCCAAGAAGCGGUAG